CGGCACCGGAACUGGGAGCGAAAGCUGGAACCGUGCAAUGCGGCGAACUCCAGGGACAGCGACAGGGCAGUAGCUCCAGUGCGGAGCUCCGCGGUAGCAGCAGCGACCCUCUCUCUGGGGACAGCGAUGGAGCAGUAGCCCCAGUGCGGAGCUCCGCGGCAGCAGCAGCGACCCUCUCUCUCUGGGGACAGCGAUGGAGCAGUAGCCCCAUUGCGGAGCUCCGCGGCAGCAGCAGCGGGUGUGUUGCAGCAUCACAGGAGACCUGAAAAGCAGAUGUUAUUGUGGACAAUUGCCCUAUCAUUGUCCUCUGACAUCGUCCUCCCUCUGGCAUAGUCCCAGCUUCAGUCAAAAUGGAAAGUCAAGAGUCUCUGUACAGCACCCCCAACUCACAGACCGAAGAGGAGGACUCUUUAAUCUUCACGCCUUUGGUUCGAAGUCACUUUCAACAGGCACCUCCUGAUAAGUUCAAUGCAGUCUAUAUGAUUUUCUUCUUCCUUGGGAUUGGCUCCCUGUUGCCAUGGAAUUUCUUCUGCACUGCAAAGCAAUAUUGGUUGUACAAGCUGAGCAAUGCUACAGACCACUCUCCCCAGCGAAAUGACCUUGGUAAUUAUUUUGAGAGCUACCUCUCAUUUGCAUCGACUGUACCCUCUGUGCUAUGCCUCAUGGUUAAUUACCUCCUGGUGAACAAGAUUUCUGCAAAGGUCCGCGUGCUCUCUUCCUUGUUUGUCAUGCUCAUUAUAUUUUGCGUCACCACCGUUCUGGUGAAAGUGGACACCUCUUCCUGGACCUACGGGUUUUUUGGUAUCACCAUGGCCUGUGUAGUCAUCAUUAGCGGAGCUUCCAAUGUAUUUCUGGGCAGUGUUUUUGGAGAGGUUGGAAGGUUUCCCAUGAAGAACUUGCAAGCGUUAAUUUCAGGGCAAGCCAUGGGAGGGACGUUCAGUGCCCUGGCUUCAGUGAUAGAUCUUGCUGCUGCUGGUUCCAUUUUAGACAGUGCACUGGCUUAUUUUCUCACGGCUGACGUUUUCCUCCUCAUCUGUAUUGUGCUGUACCUGACCCUGCCCAGGAUCCCAUAUUCCAGCUACUAUCUGAAGAGUCUGGAUCAGAGAAUACAACACACUGGAGGUGAACCGAAUGGUUUAGUCGCUAAUGACACUGGCUCAGUCAGAAGUGCUUCCCCUUCAAGCAGUGCUGGUACAAUUCCUCCAUUGAAACCCAUCCUGAAAAAGACUGCAGGCGUGGGCUUCAGUGUAUUUUACACCUUCUUCAUUUCCAUCAUUAUCUUCCCUUCCAUCUCGUCCAGCAUCAAGUCCACUUCCAGAAACUCAGGCAGUGUGUGGACAACUAAGUACUUUGUGCCUCUGACCUGCUUCCUCUUGUACAACCUUGCAGACUGGGCUGGUCGUCAAAUAACCGCUUGGAUCCAGGUCCCUGGGCCAAAAAGCAAAGCUCUUCCCGUCUUGGUGCUUUUACGGACUGCCUUCUUGCCUUUGUUCUUAUUUUGUAAUUAUCAGCCACGAGAUCACUUACACAUUGUAUUCUUCGACCGAGACUUUUAUCCUGCUAUCUUCACCUCUGCCCUGGGCCUGACGAACGGAUACUUGGGGACUUUGCCGAUGAUUUAUGGCCCAAAGAUUGUGCCAAAAGAAUUGGCUGAGCCGACUGGCGUGGUAAUGUCUUUUUUCCUGACUCUUGGCCUUGCAGCUGGAUCUGCUUUUUCUGUUCUUGUCGUCCACCUGAUUUAGCGAAGACUGUUCGAGCGUUUGUGGGAUUUUAAACUAAUUGAGAACUGCAGUGGACCAGAAUUAGACUUUUCACCCUUCAUAUGGGAAAAUACUUGGACUACAUUCUGUAAAAUAGAAUCACCGUCUCAACAGGGCUAUGAACUGGCUUGAGUUGUGCAGUGACUCUGUUGUUGCUAUUGUUCAAAUGUCUUCCAUUUUGGACAAUAUUGGAUCACUUUUUAAAAAAUUAUAUUCAUUCAUGGGAUGUGCAGGGUGCUGGAAAGACCAGCAUUUGUUACCCAUCUGCCCCUUGUACUGAGUGGAUAGCUCAGAUUUUUCAGAAGGCAGCUAAUAAUCAACUAUGUUGCUAUGGUUCUAGAGUCGUAUGUCAGCUGGACCAGGUAAAGAUGGCAGAUUUCCCUCCCUAAAGGGAACUGGAUGGGUUUUAUUUUUACAACACUCAAUAGUCAUUACUUGAUUGUCAUCGAGGAGAUUUCCACUCCCAAAUUUGUAUUGAAUUCACAUUUGGCCAUCUGCCGUGGUAGGAUUUGAACUUGUCACCGGAACAUUAGGGCCUGAGGUUCUAGAUUAUGGGUUGAAGAGUGUGGUGCUGGAAAAGCACAGCCGGUCAGGCAGCAUCUGAGGAGGAGGAGGAGAAUCAACAUUUCGAGUGUAAGCCCUACAUCAGAGCUAAUGCUCAAAACAUCGACUCUCCUGCUCCUCAGAUGCUGCCUGACCAGCUGUGCUUUUCCAGCACCACAUUCUUAGA